UAUCAAUCUGGAAAUAAAAAUCCAAGACAACCGCUCUACCCCUGUUUUUUGUUGUGUCAAACUCCCAGCCACAUUGUGUACGAUCGAUCAAAGGGGGAUUUUCCAAAAAAUCUUCCCUGUAUUUCCCAGCAGGUUGCCUUAACUCAAGUGGAAUGCUAAAGAAAUCGGUGCAUUGAUCCAAUUUCCCCCUGAGGCAGUUGUGGGAGUUGUUGAUUGCUGAUAUCCACUUCUUUCGUCUUGGAUCUCUUGAAGCUUACCAGCAACCAUGUCAAAAAGCCUCUUCAUCUUAGUGCCUGGGAAAAGCAGACCCUGCUGACAUUGGGACAGAAAGGUUGCCAUCCAGGUGUUGCAGCUCUCAACUAUCAUGCAGCCAGAAGAAGUGACGGCCUUUGGAGCUCUGGAGAUCGUCUCCCAGCGAGUGUACUUGCUGACCAGUCACAUCGUGGAGCACGAGGGCUUACCGCAGGGCCAGAGCCAAGGCCAGGGCCAGCUCUCCCCUCCUCUGGGUCCAUCUCCGCAGGCCCCCUGUGUGGCCUCUGUCCUGCCGGCCCGCUGCUGGACGCUGGAGGUGGGGGUGGCCGUGCUCCUCAUGACGCUGGCUGCCGUGGUCAUCCUGGCGCUGCUCUACUGGGCACUCCUGCUGCGCCACAAACUGAAGGUGGCCCGGGCAGGGAACGCGCUAGAGUACUGGGGCUUCUUCCGCUCCGCACAGUACAACCUAAAGGAGCCCGGCCUGCCUGAAGCAUUCCCGGUGGCCAUGACGACGGUCGUCACACCUGGGCCAGAUGUGGCGGCACCACCUGCCACAGACUCCUUGAAGCCACCGCUGGGUCCACCCCCUCCCCAACCUCUGUCUACCCCACCUCAGCACUGGCCACCUCCUCCAUACUUGGAGCCCCCUCCUCCUCCUCCUCCUCCUCCUCAUCAUCAUCCUCCUCCUCCUCCUCCUCCUCCUCCCGUGUCUCCCCUGCACUAGCUCAGGUCUUUCUCCACACGAUCCUCCCCCCACCGUACGACCACGACCACGGCCAUCUCCCAUCCCACGCCACCUUACCACCAAGUCUCUGCCACCACCACCGCCGGAUUCGCCCGUGCUGCGGGCCUGGUCCGUCCCCACCAUACCUUACCCAUCCCUACCUCGACCUCUCCACCGACAGAACGAAACUCCGUCCCCCCCGCGGCCACUGUCGGCUCAGCCCCUCCCGUUCGUCCACACCACUCCGCCCAGCCCUCACCUGUCCUGGGGGGCGUGCUCAGACGUGGACGUGUACUCACGGGUGGGGUCGAUGAGACUCUCUAGGACUUCCAGUCAUAGCCAGACUCAGGUGAUCCUGUUUGAGCAUUCCGCUGUAUGAUUGGGCACCUUUCACUGUCCUAUGUCAAUCCUCAAUGAUCAUGUGAAUGACAGAAAGCAAGAGGAACAUAUUUAAGGACAACAUUUGAAGUGGCCCUGGACGCUCUAAAUAAAUCCUACAAUGUACUGACACAAUAGGUAUUCAGCACAACCACCCUGUUUUACAAAAUAAGUUAUGGCAACAAUUAAUUUUGUGUCAUUGAAAUGAAAUCUUAGUCGAUAUACUGUAAUAUCAGUUUACCACCAAAAUAACUUAUGUUUCAACUUAAAUUUCAGAUAACACACAUGUCUCCCCAGUACUUCUUUUUAUUGUCAACAAGGAUGAUUAUAGAAUUCAUGUGUACAUACAUUUAGAACACAUCCAUAUGUUCAGAUGAUGCCAAACAAUGUACAUUUCAUUUUCUGCUUUCUAAUUUUUAGCGGAAACAAAAUUAGCCUGUUGGAGUAGAGGUUAAGAACUGUAUCUCCAUUUUGUCUUUGAGACAUGUAUACAUUUGAAUAGUGUUUGAAUAAUGUAUAAUGUUUUUUGCCUCCUGGGCAUUUUAAAUUAUAUUCACUUACUUACAA